AUGGGUUCGUUGAUUGAUAAUGAAAAUAAGGGUCACUUAUCUAGUAACAUUAAUGAGAUGGUCGAGUACCGCGUAUUGAGGGGUCGUAUUUAUAAUGUAGGGUUUCAGCCGGAUGAACGCGUAAUACCGUUCUUAGAGUUAGCGGGGUUCGAAUCAGCAGCAUUGAUCCGGACUUUUGAUCUGCGAUAUAACUUAAUUUCUGCUUUAGUCGAGCGAUGGCGUCCGGAGACGCACACAUUUCAUUUGCCGUGCGGGGAGUGCACCAUAACUUUAGAGGACGUUGCAGUACAGCUGGGGCUCCCAAUCGACGGGAACGUGGUCACGGGCGUAAGUUCGAUCUCGAGGCCGGCUCGCAUUUGCUACGAGUUACUUGGACGCUCCCCAAGUGAGGGGAAAUUUGCCACAUUGCGGUUUUCAUGGCUAAAGGCCAAUUUUGAGCAUUUGCCCAAUACUGCCACUGAAUUGGAGGUUAUGCAGGCCGCUCGAGGUUACAUUAUGCACCUUAUAGGAGGUGUACUCGUGCCGGAUUCACACGGCAGUGAGGUCAGUUUGAUGUACCUACCGCUACUGUCUAAUUUGCAUAACACGCGUUCAUACAGUUGGGGGUCUGCAGUGUUAGCCACGCUAUACCGCGAACUUUUCUGCAUUCUUAUAAUCUCACUGGAAGUUAGCCGCGAUGUGCCGGAUGCAGUAAACGGAUCUCCAUGGCAUACCAGAACACCUAAUGGCAGCAAUUAA